GAUUGCAUAUCCUGUGCUUGCAGGUUAUCCCUUGGAACCUGAGAACGAGGAACAUGUGCUGGUCAAUAACAAGUGUCAGUGUGUAACGGUGACCUCAAAGUUUGUCCCCUCCAAAGAAAAUCCUGAGGAAGAAAUCCUGGAAAGAAACAUCCGCAUCCUAGUGCCCCUGAAGGCUCGAGAGAACAUCUCUGACCCCAUGUCCCCGCUCAGAACCACUUUUGUCUACCGCAUGACUGAGCUCUGCAAAAAAUGCGAUCCUGUAGAGAUUGAGCUGGGUGGUGAGACAUACCAGGCCCAGCAGAGCACCUCCUGCGACGAACCUGAAACCUGCUACACCUACAACCGGGACAAGUGCUACACCUCGACCUUCCCCUUCCGCUACCAGGGCGAGAUCAGAAGAGUCCAAGCGGUUCUGACGCCGGCAUCGUGCUUCGCAGAUUAG